AUGCGGCUUAUGUCGGGCGUAGGAAUGCCAAUGGGACGGGGUAAAUUACGGUUGUCCACUGAGAUAAGGUCAAAUAAUGACAAAAAUUCUACUGUACUGUUUCGAAUUUUUUUUUACAAAAUUUACUUUCAGGCACACCGACUGGCUCACAAGCUGUGGACUCAAUCCCGUAGGCCGUUAGCACUGGCGCUCCAGUCUCGAAUCUCAGAUGUCUUUGCCGUAGAUAUCCACCCCGCCGCCAAGAUUGGAAAGGGCAUCCUCUUCGACCACGCCACCGGAGUUGUGGUCGGAGAGACAGCUGUCAUCGGAAACAACGUCUCCAUCCUCCAUCACGUAACCCUAGGCGGCACCGGCAAGUUUGGUGGGGACCGCCACCCCAAGAUCGGCGACGGUGUGUUGAUUGGUGCGGGGGCCACAAUACUGGGGAACGUGAAGAUCGGGGAGGGGGCCAAAAUUGGUGCGGGGUCCGUCGUGUUGAUUGACGUGCCACCUAGGGACACAGCUGUUGGUAAUCCGGGCUAG